UCGCUCUGCCAGUCAGAGAGAACUGACGCCCACUGGGAGAUCUCUGGCUGGCUCCUCUGUCUCUAUGAAGCCAGUGUACAUGGUGGCAUGUGGCUGGGAUUAGGAAAUUUCACUGUGGAUUAAAAUCUUUCCAACGCCUCCAUGGCCACUCGCUAAAAGAAAGUCUCAAGUUCCAGCGGAGAUCCAGUGAGCAGUCUGGGCCCAUGGUCUCACUUAGCAGCUCCAGGAUGAUCCAGCUGCUCCAGGGUCACAUCCAGCCAGCUGGACACCGAAGCUGCAAAACUCGCCUGGUCACCAAAGACGGGCACUGCAACAUCGAGUUCGGCAACAUUGAAUACAGUAACCACUUUGCGUACCUGGUGGACUUCUGGACCACGUUUGUGGAGAUCCGCUGGCGCUUUGUUCUCCUCCUGUUUGUGGGUUCGUUCACGGGCAGCUGGUUCAUCUUCAGCCUGCUGUGGUACUGGAUCGCCAAGAGCAACGGGGAUCUGACGGGACAGAACCGCACAGAUGGACACGUCCAGUGUGUAGACAAUGUCAACGGCCUCACAACGGCGUUCCUCUACUCCUUGGAGACCCAGACGACGAUUGGGUACGGCGGCAGGGCGUUGACCGGGCACUGUGCCGGCACCGUGGCUCUCAUCAUCAUCCAGUCACUAAUCGGCGUCUUCAUCAAUUGUUUCAUGUGCGGUGUCAUCUUGGCCAAGAUCUCCUUGCCCAAAAAAAGGUCAAAGACGGUCACCUUCAGCAACACAGCUGUGAUCUGCUUGAAGAAAGGAAGUCUGUGUCUUCUGAUCAGAGUGGCCAACCUUCGGAAGACCUUAUUAAUCGGCAGCCAGAUCUACGGCAAGCUGCUUAGGACCACAACCACACCAGAUGGAGAGACCAUCAUCCUGGAUCAGGUGGACAUUGACUUUAUGGUUGACGCCGGCAAGGAUAACUUGUUUUUUGUUUGCCCUCUGACCCUUUACCACGUGAUUGAUAGAUCGAGCCCGUUCUACGAGCUGUCAGCUGACUCUCUUCACCAGCAGGACUUUGAGUUGGUGGUCUUUCUGGACGGUACGGCCGAGUCCACCAGCUCCUUCUGUCAGGUUCGCACCUCCUACAUCCCACAGGAGAUUCAAUGGGGACACAGUUUCCUGCCCAUCAUCUCCCGCACAAAGACGGGAAAGUAUCGCGUGGAUUUCUCAAACUUUUCCAAAAGCGUUCGGGUCACCACACCACACUGCGUCCGCUGCUUCGAGACGGACUCAGAGCAGAGAAACCACAACAGCCACAACCAAGAAAACCACAGUAAACAGGAGAAGUUGGGGAUCGACAACAUGGGGUUCCAGGUGAUUGACAUUCACGACUCUGUGGACAUCACUAAAAUGUGAGCGGUUAGGAAAGGAACUCAGGCUGGGAGUGAAGCUCAGGGAUGUGGGAAACAAGCGUCUAAAAAGCAGCAACAAGUUUGUCACUUCCUAACUAACUUACACCCUUUGAGUCUGCUAGUCUGACCUCCCUCUCAGCAAAUCAAAGACCUGCAAAGGACAGUGACUUUAGGGGGCGUGGCCUCGACACCGACAGACUGACCACAGCGGAGUAGCGGUAACAGCGAGUUGGUAGUCAGAGCUAAUGAGCAAGCUGCUGUCAGACUCUCCGGGUCCGCGUUGGACACACAGAAGAGUCUGCUGGAGCUUUUACAGUCACUAGAAGCACAUUCAUGGAAGGUUUCUGUGUGGUAUCUGUGUUGUAGCUGAGCUAAAGGCUCAAAGAGGCUAACUCUAUGGUAUGUGUGUCUUUGGGGGUAUUGUCUGUGCGUGGGAUCGAGGUAAAGAUUGCAGUCUGGUGGUGCUUCUACAGCCGCCUAAAAGCACAAGUCCGAACCACUGCACCAAAAUAGAAAAAUAAUAAGUAGAGGGUUAGCAAAAACUAGCAUAAACUCCUGUGAAUGAUGUGUCUCAAUCAGUAUACAAUUGAAAAUGUGCUCAGCGGUUUCAAAGCCUUUGCACACCAAGUCCAGAUUUUUCGAAUGCGCUUUUUAACCCUUCAACCGAUUAAAAUCGUUAAAACUUUGCACGCUGAAGACGAAGCGUUUUGUUUGUUUGUUGCAAAAGUUCACAAUACGAGAUGGAGUCAUCACGCAGUGAGAAUGACUUUAUGGUCCUCUCACUCGAAAGUAGAAAAAGAAAGAGGCAAUAUUGGGUCCAAGGUGUCAAGAAGAAGGAGUUUCACCUGCUGUCAGCUUCAGAUUGUCGGCGCUUUCUGCUUUUCCUGCAUUUAGCACCAAGAGGCUGAGCUGUCCUCAUUAUGUUCUGAACACUUAAAUGAUGUGAGUUCGUAUUUAUCUUUAAACGGACCUGAUGCACAAAGACUCCCACUCAGUGCAGACGCUGGGGGAGGUGGGCCGCCCUCUGUUGAUUAGAGGGUGUUAACACUGUUUUUAUAAACUAAAUGUUAUGACGUGGAGUCAGCACUGGCCUUGAACCAUCUCUGUUUCAUGACAGUACAGUCAUAUAAUUUAGUUUACAGGGUGGAGUAUCCCUUUAAACCAAGUUUCACUGUUAGUCAGACAGCUGCUGCCUCUUCCUCCGAGUGAACAUUUGAAUUAAUCUUUUGCCUCGAACAGCAGAAACAUUAAAAGUUGUCAAACUGUGUGGAUAAAAAAUUCAGACAUGAACAGCGAGUUAAGCUCUCUCGCUCAGCAGCUCAUUACAAUCAAAGCACCUUUGGGACUUGUGACUUUGUGUAGGUAAUGUGUGGAAGAGGGAGAAAGAGGGAUUUGAAGUUUUGACGCAUUGGAAAAUGAAAGGGGUAAAAUACUGGAUGGCACAGUGGGCACUUCUCGAGGAGAUUAGGGCCUGAGCCUGUUAUAAUGAAAAAAAAACUGUGUGCUAUAAAGGCUGGGGAAGGAAAUAUAAAAGUAGGACAGGCCUUUUGAGUUUUCUCAUUAUUCCCACUAAAAACACUCAUGUUGCACAUCACAUGAUAAUUAGGAAACUGUGAACAUAGCUGCUAAAUGCGAUGAUUUUUUAAUUUGUGACCAGUCUACAGUUUGUAGAUGAUAACUGUGUAACACUUCUUCUCAGGGAACGUAACAUCUUUAGUUGGAAUAAAACCUCUUUUUUGUCCCAA